GUUACUGCCUGGAUUUAAACUAAAACAAAACUAGGAAUCAGACACGGUUCACCCCCAUAAACACAUAGCACACUCAUUCACACUCGACCGGACAGGAGCCACUCUCAAAUUUCAAUCCACCACCACCGAACCUGAACCAACUCCGAUUCUCGAUGGCGCCGAAAACCAGUCGGACUGCACAGCCUAAACGGUCUAAGAUCAAGUCGAAGCCGGCGCCCAGGAGGAAAAAGACGACCGAACAAAUCAUCCAAGCUCGCCGUCUCAGACUCUAUCAACAGCUCGAAAAAGGGUUUUAUCAGAAUGCCAUCAAGACUUGCAAUCAACUUCUGGACAAGCAAGGCACUGGAAAUGAUACGUUGAUCGAGACAAAGGCUAAGCUGCUUACGGCUCUCGAGCAAUACCAGGAGACUCUCGAAUAUAUAUUCACUCAGUCCGUCGAAAGUCCAGGCCUCAAGUUGUUAGAGUCUUACUGUCUGUACAAACUUGGCCAGUUGGAGAAAGCCGAUAAGGCUUUAUCGAAUCCACUUAUCACCGUCCAGGAAGAUAUCAAUCGUGCAAAACUCGCCCUUGAGUCACAGAUACUCUUCAAGCUCGGACGGACUCAAGAAGCCAAGGCGCAUCUAGAAGAGCUAUUAGUUGACUCCGAUCCGGACCAUCCCGAACACCUGGACCUGACAGCGAAUCUAUCAGCCUGUCAAGCGCGGAUCGACUUUGUCGAGAAGCAUAUUCCUAGUCAAACCGGCAAGAUAAACGUAGAUCAACUAGAGCAUGUACCGAUUACCUCUUCCUUCUUCCAUUCCCAUCCGAACUUUCCCCAACCCUCUGCUCGUCCUCGUCACCCAAGAUCUGACAAAUCUCGCAAGAUCAAACCCGUCAAGCCACUCGACCCUUCAAGACCCCCGCCGGACCCCGACCGUUGGCUCCCUCGUCGUGAAAAAGAAAAUAGUAAUCAUUCUAAAGUCAUCAAUCGGGCGGCUGUUAAGAAUAAAAAGGCCAAACAAAAACUCCUCACUCAAGGAUCGGUCUCCACUGCUCUUCCUCCUUCAGUUGAUCCCCCUUCUUCUCAAAAAUUAAAACAAACUCAACGGAAGAAGAAGAACAAAAAAUAACAUUGAUAAUGCUUUUUCUUGUCUCCCGCUGUCUUACUACGACUGAAACAUGUUUUUUCUUCUUUUUUUUGUCAAAGCAUUGUUAAUCUUGGCUCCGACUCUAAUUACAAUGUCGACUCCAUCAGCUGAGCAUGUGUCCGCGCCCCAAACAAUCACUCCCACUGUUUCACUCUAGCGUAUAACCCCGAAUGAACCACCUGAAUAUAGCUGCGCAGCCACUGUAAACAUGUUGACAAUACCACAUUACACAUUAUCGCCAGCUACCCAUAAUUAUCUAAUCAUCUUGGAUGGUAGCGAUACAUCCUCGUUUGAGAAAGGUCAAUGGCAUGCAGAUACUGAGAAACAUUCAUGAAAGCCUCCUUUGAUAUCAAGAGCUCAAAAGCAUUGUCUGUCCCAUCGAUGCUGUGGUGCUCAAUUCUGUGCUUUUUUUUGAUACUCAUUCCGCCUAAACCUUCUGGCAAUUGAAGCCUGUC